AUGUUUUAUAACGAAAUAUCCAUGCUUUUGGUUACUAAUAGACCUAUUAUUUUAUCACAGAAAUUUUUCUUCAGAAUUCCUAUUCUUAAACUCAUUUCCAUCAUGGGAGGCUCAUGUUUUGUCUUCCUGUUUGUCUACAUCAUUCUUUACCUUCUUCUUCCACGAAAAUCCGGCUCUCCUCCUAUUGGAAUCCGAAAUCUUUUCUCAUUAACUCGGUGGAAACUUCUUUUCUCCGGUCGUCAGAAGAUUUCACACGACCCCAGUGAUUCCUUCAUCCAAGCAGAGCACCUUACUAAGCACUUCAACAGGAUCCACCGAAUCUGCGCAUUGGAUGACGUCUCAUUCAGUGUCAGCAGCGGCGAAGUUGUUGUCUUCAUCGGUCCUUACUCAUCAGGAAAGAGCACUCUUCUUAACAUCAUCUCCGGUUGCAUCGACAGCGAUGGCGGUUCUCUGUUCCUUCACGGCCAACGCCACACAUUUGGAUUCAGGGAAUUGGACGUCAGCGUCGGUGUCUGCUUCCAGGAUUCCGUUUUCUUCGGGAAACAGACCGUUUUCGAGAACUUGCGUCUGUUUGGAAGUAUCCGCGGUGUUCCUAAGGAGGAGAUCAAGUCAGAGAUCGACCGUAUCUGCUGCAACUUCGACCUCACAAACUACCUUUACUCUAAGGCAGACAACCUUUCCGGUGGCACAAAGAGGAAACUUUGUCUUGCGAUGGCAUUCAUCGGAAACCCAGAAAUCGUCAUCCUGGACGAGCCUACAGCCGGCGUCGACGUUUCAUCGAGACACACAGUGUGGAAGGCCAUCUCUACAUCUAACACGACUUGUCUGCUUUCUUCCCACAUGAUCGAAGAGGCAGAGACAAUCUCAAACAGACUGAUCGUUCUGAACGACGGAAAAAUCAUCUUCGACGGUCAGCCACUUAAACUGCGAACUCAGUACAACUGCGGUUACAGACUCACAGCGAUCUUCGAUGGCGAAAAUGAGGACGACACAAAGAUCAACAAACUGGCGGAGUUCGUCAAAGGAUGGUUCCCUAACGCUUCUGUCGAUGACAUCCACGAAGACACAGUCCUCAUUCCUGUCGACGACAAAGUUGCAGAACUUCUCUCAGUUUUGAACACUAAACUCGAGGAGUUCUCUAUCAAGUCUUACAACUUGAACAUGAUGAACGUUGAAGAUACUUUGUACAACAUGUAUGUAGACCAAAUACAAUAA